AUGGGGAUUAAGAUCCUGGAAAAGUGUUGUUGCUUUGAUUUAAAAACGGGUGUGCUAGUUAUUGGAAUUUUAUCCAUUGCUGUUAGUAUCGGUGGAUUAAUAGAGGCACCUAUAAGUUAUAGCCAGGCGUGUUCGGGUACUCGAACGCCAGAUAAUGACGACAAUUGUGCUACGGCUAGUUCAACACUGGGUGCAUCAAUAAGCAGUGAAGUUAUUGGGAUCAUUUUGAUGGGUCUUAUGAUCUAUGGAUCACAAAGGGAAAGUUAUGGAUUAAUGUUGCCAAUUAUUAUCCUUCAAGCGAUAGGAAUCUUCCUUAUAUUUCUCUUCGUAUGGUACCUAACCAUCAUCUUCUUCAUAGUUUCCUUCGGAAGUGGAUUGCUUUUUAUGAUUCUUGCGAAUCAAGGCCUAGGACAAUGUUUACGUGACAAUGAAAAAUUGCGGCAAGAAGUUACGGCACUAAAACAGCAUGUACAAAGAUUGCAACGUGAAAAUGAUCAAUUACGCAAAGUUAAUGUUGUAGUAUCUAACAUUAAUUAG